AUCAUCAACAAAUUUUUCUUCCCGAUUCCUGUCAAUUCUUAUGUCUAGUCUACGUUCGUUUUGCUGUUUAUCUAGCAUAUGUUACGAUGGAUGAAGUUCCAGAGUACGGAGAAAAUGAUGAGAGUGACUUAUUACCCUGUGGAACAUGUGGAAGGACGUUCCUUCCUGAUACACUGGCACGCCAUACCAAGAUCUGCCGCAAAGCUACAGUAAAAAAGAGGAAAGUCUUUAACUCGUCAAAGCAAAGGGCAGAAGGAACAGACAUCGGAUCAGUCCCCAAAGCAAAGUCGCCCACUAUUCCUCGGUCGAAAAAGAACAACUGGAGACAGAAACAUGAGGACUUCAUCGACGCCAUGCAGUCAGCUAAGGGCGUGUCUAAAGCUAUCAAGACAGGGGCACCUUUACCGCCCCCUCCCUCUCAGAAGAGGAUCAACCCAGAUUAUGUGCAAUGUCCGACGUGUGAACGUCAUUUCAGUGAGAAUGCUGCAGAGAGACAUAUACCCUUUUGCAAGGAGAGAAACCGAAGAAUUGAUAAAAAGACACCCAACUCAGCAGAUAAGAGCAAAGUUCAAGCACGAACUAAGUACAAACCUCCGCUACCUGGCAGUAAGAAGAAGACUCCUUCUCCUGCUGUGGCUAGACAACCCCAGAGUAGAGUAUCUACUAGAGCAGGCUCGGACAGGGAUAUGAAUGACCUGGAGAAUAGGAUGAACGGCAGCAUGAAGAUUGGCAACAGGACAUCAGUUAGAAACAAACCAAUGAUGGGAUCAAAAGCAAGAAGUUCAAGUCUUGAGCGUCCAUCAACAAAAUCCACUGCUUCAUCUCACAGGAGUUCCAGUGGAGAUUCAAUUAGGGGGAGAAGCAACAGGCAGGAUGCAGCGUACAGUCCAGCCGGCUACCAGUCGGGCGAUGGGAGAUACAAUCACGAUGAUGACAUGGACUUCGAUCUUCCCGAUACACGGCGAGGGUCUGCGGGCAGAAGACUAGAGCCUCUCUAUAAGAACAACAGCAAUCACAAAUCGUCCAAUCAGGUUCUCCCUCAUGAUAGGUUACGAGCGCUGUCCGAUGACGAUGGCUUUACCAUGUCUACCAGUCGGACGCCAACACCUCCUUCGUCGAGACCGACCUCAAAUUCCCGCAAGAAGAGCGCCGACCUUGUGAACGGACGGAGGUUACCCAAAUUCUGCCACGAAUGUGGCACCAGGUACCCUGUGCAAAAUGCCAAGUACUGCUGUGAGUGUGGAACAAGGAGAGAAUACUUAGACUGAGUAUGAUAAGAAUAAUGAUAAAAGAUAAACUGAUACAGCACCAUACGUACUCCCAUUAGAACAACCCUAGAGACGAUGACACCUUCAAGAGGACAGCAAAUGACCUUUAGAUGUUCAGUGUUUCUUUUGGAACACCAAGAUAAAACACCACGGGCCUACUUAGCAAUCGAUCGUAGAACAUCUUUCUACGAUCGAUUCCAUUGACUACAAUGUCCAAUCAAUCGUAAAAAUCAAGUGUAUGAUUAAUUGCUAACCUUUGUGCUACGGGACGCAGAUCUGCCUUGGUGGUAUAACAAGCAGCAGGCACUUUGUUGACCUGACUUGAGAUCUUACAUGUUUCUCAUUUUUAUGGAGCACUCUGAUAAAAAACAGAUGAUGAUGCUGAGCGAUGAUCCACAGUGUUUAUCCUGCACCAUAUUUCUGUCAAGACGAUUCAUAGGCGCAGGCGCAUCCGACUAAUUAAACUAAUUACCGCAC